AUGUUCCAGUAUAUUCAACCAACAGCUGGCCAAGAGGAAUCCACCGCCAUCUUCUGUGUUGGCAGCUUUUUUUACGUAUCCAAUCAGGCAAAUUUUAUUCAUCCCAUACAGCAGCUUCAGCAGCACAAGACUAGACCCGAGCCACUCUGCAUCAGCAUCACACCGAAUGGGGACUCUAUUUCGAGCUCCAUCUCUCCAGUAACCGGCAAUCUACCUGAGACUCACAUCUCUUCAGCCUUAUCCCCUUCCUUCCAGGCUUCUAAGCUCACUUCCGUCUCUUGUACAUACGGUCAUGCCUCUUCGCCCACAGUCAGACCUGCCAAGAGACGAGGUCCGCCAACUGGGGCACGGGCUCGACAUGCCUCCAGCCAGUCGGCACCAGAAGUUGCGAGCAACAGCAAAUUCAUAUUAUCCUCCUCCCCCUCUUCCUCGCCUCAAGAGUCGCGUUUCUCGACAUCUUUCAAGUCCUCCAACCAGUCCAUCUGUCUGCAGCUUCCACCUCUUCAUCUUCUUCCUGCUCAUCCGCCAACUCCUCCUCUUCCUCUGCCUCCGCCGCCGCCGCCGCCGCCGAUGCCACCUCGACUGUCUCCUCCAUCUUUGACGGAGAUCCGUAUUGACCUGCCUCGUUUGAUCCCUUCUCUGUCUACACUCACCUCCAAAGACGAUGAUCUGAAAGCCAUCCGAGGCUCCGAGAAUCAGACCUUCGACUUGCUUCUUCGUCUGCCAAAUGGCGUUUUGUCGCAGGACUCUUUGUCCCAUCCACCACAGAAUGAUCAGCUUGAUAGCUUGAGACAACGCAAAAUGCUUACAGUCCAGACGGCCAGCGGAGUCGACUCGAGUCGAGCUUCGCCUGUCAGCCUGGAGGCCAAUCGAGGUGCUGUCACCUGGCCAGUCACACAGACUGACAUGCCGGACAGGAUAAACCAAAAAAGAAAUUGUGUCCGAGGCCGAAGGAGGAUGAGCGAGGCCAAAAGAGUGAAUGACUUGGGGACAGAGAACGAGGAAGAGGGGGCGGUGAGCUCAGAUACGGCUGGUCUGGCGAGGCCUGGGCGGCGAAAGAGGCGACGCUUGGAGCCUUUCAUUUCUUUACGGCUCCCGGGAAAAGAAGGAGUAAAGCCUGAGGAGGUGAAUGUCGAAGAGGAGCGAAAUGAAGCGAGUGAGAAGAGUUGUGAUGAGGCGACCGAUCAACAGACUUCCUACGACAGCUCAUCCGGUCAGAGCCUGUCAUUCACUUGGCAGGUGAAUGGAAAA